UCUGACGUCACACAACCUUUAACCCUCAAUAAAGGGGAAAAAGGAGAGACCGACGAAAAAGAACAUAGGGGACUGAGGAUACCCGGCUGUGACAACAGCUGGCCCUAGAUGCUUGUGGUUGGCUACAGCUGUUUAGGCCUCUGUUGUUGUUGUAGCUUGUCCAUCGUUGCAAGAUUGUUGCAUUUUUGUACGUUAGCUGAAGCUUUCCAGAAACAUGUACUGCUCAGAAACAGCAAAACAAGAGAGAGUAGUUGAUUAAAUAACGUUGGCUGUUGUUAAGGCCGUCUUGGGUAUAGUUUGUAUCAGAAUUUAAUCGGAAAUGUAUUGGGUUUGAGUGUUUAGCUAGCUAUAAUGUGUAAAUUGAAUCGCUUACAGUAACGCCUGUUCCCUCGCUUGCGUUCGCUGUGUAAGUUAGCUACCGUUAGUAAUAGUCGCUGUGGCAAACGUUAGCCGUCGGAGAAACGGAACAAAGUUAUUAUAGUUGCACUUUAUGGAGGAAAAACUCCAGAACCAUUUCAGAACUAGCUCUCCAGUUAGAUGAAUGCUUUGCUGAAUUAUUUUUUUCUGUAGGGAAUUUGUUUGGUUACAAUCAUCAGUCAUAAUGAGAAGGUAACUAGAUAUGGCAAUAGUUGAGUAGACUAAAACAAAGAGAUCAAGUGGUCUCCGAAUGCUAUGGCUUUGUCUAUCCAGUCAGCUAACUUAUAGCUGGAAUGAAUGGGAUAGGAGAGUAUUGGCGUUAGCCUAUACAAUUUCGUCCACUGAAAUUAUUUACGGUUGACUACGUUAACUUCGCUCACUAGUCAGCAAGCAGGAAUUGACAGACAGUUUUAUAGCCAAGAUCGUGUUCUGUGUAAUAGACUAGUAACUAGUACUGUUUGGGUGAGAUGGAAAGCUAACGUUAGCUAUUUAAAAAUCAAUCAAUAACCAUGAAUGUCGACGUUGUUAGGUUUCUUUAAGGUUCAUGUUAACUGACUGUCCCUAUUUUCAUUUGGCUCUUUGUAAGCGUAAACUAACGGUGGGCUACAUAUUAAAUAACUUAGCUAGCUAUCAAUAUAGCUAGGUGACGAAGUAACUAUAAAUUAUUUUGCACCCAUAUUAAAGAAGCAUAUGCCGUGCGGUGAUAAUAUGACCAGAUCAUUGUAACAUGUAGCGACAUAAAAAACCAAUGUCAUUAAAUUGAAAACGUUUUAUUUAUUCCAAUCGAACGCCGAAUCAUAUAGGCACUCAGGUUGAUACAUUAGAUAAAAUACUGUUGCUAUGGCCUACUGUGUGGGCGCACAAACGAGAAUCUUGUUUUGGAGAUAUCUGCAUUUAAUCACCAGCUGUUUUUACAUUGGGACGGUGGGUUGUGUCCAGCACGAUGAAAACGUGUACGUUUCAGGGAUUUCAAACGCCUGCGGAGGCGCGGCGGAGCAGAUCAGGGCGUCGAGCGGGGUCAUCACCAGCCCCGGCUGGCCUUUGGGGUACCCUUCUAGAAUCAACUGCAGCUGGAACAUCCGCGCAAACCCUGGAGAGAUCAUUACCAUCAGCUUUCAGGAUUUCGAUAUCCAGAGCUCUCACAGGUGCGGGUCGGACUGGCUCUCCAUCGGCACGUACAAGAACGCGGACGGCUACCGGGCCUGCGGCUCCUCCAUCCCGGCCCCGUACAUCUCCUCCCAGGACCACGUCUGGAUAAGGUUCCACGCCGACGACAGCCUGACGGCGAAGGGCUUCAGGCUGUCUUACAUAACAGGAAAGACUGAGGAGAUCAGCUGCAAUUCCGACCAGUUCCACUGCGCCAACGGGAAGUGCGUCCCGGACGGCUGGAAGUGCAACGGCAUGGACGAGUGCGGCGACGGCUCGGACGAGGAGCUGUGCGCCCGGCCCGACCCCUCGGCCUCCUUCCCCUUCCAGCCCUGCGCCCGCGACCAGUUCCCCUGCCUGUCCCGCUACACGCGCGCCUACACCUGCCUCCCGGAGUCGCUCCGGUGCGACGGCAGCAUCGACUGCCAGGACCUGGGCGACGAGGUGGACUGCGACGCGGCCGCCUGCGGCGAGCUCCUCCGCACCUUCUACGGCACCUUCAGCUCGCCCAACUACCCCGACUUCUACCCGCCGGGCAGCAACUGCACCUGGCUCAUCGACACGGGCGACCACCGCAGGGUGGUGCUGCGCUUCACCGACUUCAAGCUGGACGGCACGGGCUACGGCGACUACGUCAAGGUGUACGACGGGCUGGAGGAGGACCCGCGGCGGCUGCUCCGCGUGCUGACGGCCUUCGACGCCCGGGCGCCCGUCGCCGUGGUGGCCUCGUCGGGCCAGCUCCGCGUGCGCUUCCGCGCCGACAAGGUGAACGCGGCGCGCGGCUUCAACGCCACCUACCAGGUGGACGGCUUCUGCCUGCCGUGGGAGGUGCCGUGCGGCGGGAGCUGGGGCUGCUACGCCGAGCCGCAGCGCUGCGACGGCUACUGGCACUGCCCCAACGGGCGCGACGAGGCCAACUGCAGCGCCUGCCAGCCGGACGAGUUCCCCUGCUCGCGCGGCGGCGGCGCCGCCUGCUACCCGCGCUCCGACCGCUGCAACUACCAGAACCGCUGCCCCAACGGCUCGGACGAGAAGAACUGCUUCUCCUGCCAGCCGGGCAACUUCCACUGCCGCAACAACCGCUGCGUGUUCGAGAGCUGGGUGUGCGACGCGCAGGACGACUGCGGCGACGGCAGCGACGAGGAGAGCUGCCCCGUGGCGGUGCCCACACGCGUCAUCACCGCCGCCGUCAUCGGCAGCCUCGUCUGCGGCCUGCUGCUCGUCAUCGCCCUGGGCUGCACCUGCAAGCUCUACUCCCUCAGGAUGUUCGAGCGCAGGUCCUUCGAAACCCAACUGUCCAGGGUAGAGGCGGAGCUCCUCAGGAGGGAAGCCCCACCUUCUUACGGUCAGCUGAUAGCUCAGGGUCUGAUCCCACCAGUGGAAGAUUUCCCAGCAUGCUCAGCCAACCAGGUGUCCGUUCUGGAGAACCUGAGGCAAGCCGUACGCUCCCAGCUUGGGUUCGCCUCCAUAAGACUGCCCGGCUCCGGAAGACACCGAAACCUCUGGAGGCGGCUGCUCAACUUCACACGCUCGCGGUGCCGGGGGUCCCUGGCGCUGGUGUCGGCCGACGCCGAGGAGGGGGUGGGCGGGGGCCCUGGGGCCCGAGAGCCGGAGCCCCAUCGGGGCCUACUGCCCCUCGACUCGGACAACACGGACGCGGACGGCAACCGGCGGGAUGUCCCGGGGGCAGUGGGGGGCCCGGUCACGGCGCUGACGCAGAAGACCCCGCCCACGUCGGCCGUGGAGGCCAUCACGGCGGCGAGCCGGGAGAGCCCCGCGGCGGGCGGCAGAGAGGGCGGGGUCCCGGAGACCCAGCCCACUGGGCGGGGCCAGCUGACCGGCGCCCUCAGCAGGGUGACCCGCGGCCUCCGCUGGGUCCGGGCCUCCCUGGGCCGACCCGGUGCCUCCACCACCGCCGCCGCCGCCAGCGGGCAGAACCACAGCCCCCUCCGGAACCUCGACCCGGACGGCGGGAGCAGGGAGGACGAGGACGACGUGGAGCUGCUCAUCCCUCCCUCCGACGGCGACCCGAACGAGCACUCCCGGCCCCUGCUGGGGGCGGCCCUGGCCCCGCCCCUCGCCGGCCGCGGGGGCCGCCCGCCCAGCCGAGACGGGCCGUGCGAGCACUGCGGCGUGGUGCACACCGCCCAGGUCCCCGACGCCUGCCUGGAGGCUGCGGCUGGAACGGAGACCAGCGACGACGAGCCGCUGCUGCCCUGCUAGGCUUCGCGCUUCGUCGAGAGCUCACCAAAGCUCGCCCGCCCUCUCCAGAGCUCACCGUUUCCAUUUUCAUCUUUUCCGCAGGCUUCAGUUGCUUUAAAAUUGAAAUUUUGACUCAGCACCCAGUGUUCAGUA